AUGAUGGCUGAGCCUGAUUUUAAGCUGGCAGUGGCUGGCGGCGCCGGUGUGGGCAAGUCUGCACUCACCUUCCAACUGAUCAACAACCACUUCGUGGAAGGCCACGACCCGACCAUCGAGGACAGCUACCGCAAGCAGUUCAAAAUAGACCAGGAGACCUGCCUGCUCGAGAUCCUCAACACCGGCGGCGAGGACGAGUUCACCGGGGCCAGUACCACAGGCAUGAAGUGGGACAUGAUCCCACGCGAGUACCCGGGCUUACUGUGCGUCUUCUCCAUCACCGACCGGGGGUCAUUCGAUGAGAUCUCUACCUUCUGCGAGCGACUGCGGGCCAGGGACGACCUCGCCAGGUUGCCCAUGGUGCUGGUGGGCAACAAGUGCGACCUGGAGCACCUGCGGGUGGUGCCCACGUCAGAGGGCGCCGACCUGGCCAAGUCCUUCGGCUGCCAGUACCUCGAGGCGUCGGCCAAAUCAUGCAUCAAUGUCGAGGCCUGCUUCUUCGAGCUGGUGCGUGAGAUGCACAUGGCGACCCCGAAGAAGAACCCCCACGACGAGGGCUCGUCGAAGGACAAGCAGACGUGCUCCCUCUCCUAA